AUGGAUGAACGUGAAACGAGUAACACACCAUUACAGCUUAUAACUCACUUAGCACGCAGAGCUGUCACAUCAUCUGGUCAGAAUAUUUAUGUUGGAGCUGAAGCUACACGAAGAUUUUCGACGCUUCCAUCAGCAGGUCCACCUAUAUCAGUUUCUACGGUAGUUCUGAAGCGGUAUAUAUCGGUUAAUCGUACAGGCACACAUCCUGCUGAUAAUUCGUCUGUACACCAAGCAAAACGAUCUUUAUUAAAUAAUUAUGCCUGCUAUCUUCAAUUAAUACGGAAAUUUCCUCGCAGUAUUGAUAAAUCGAAAGGCUUGAGACACUUCAGUACCAAAGUUUGUGAGAAAUUGAAGGAAAAAGGACAUACGAAUUAUAAUGAGGUAGCUGAUGAACUUGUUUCUGAAUAUUUCGAUUCGGCCGAUAUUUAG